AUGGUAAGAAGAGGACGUCGGAGAACGGCAGACAAGCGCAUAUAUCUUGCAGCACCCUCAUGGCCUCGCGGCAGUGACUUGGUUCUGAGAACCUUCCAAACUUUUCGAAGCAUAUGCAAGGUUUUGUAUUUCAAAAGCAGCUAUAUUGCAGUCGCCCUGAAUUUUGCCAUCGAGAUGCCGUCAAACAUAUUCCUGGAGAAGGCACCUCGAUUAUUCAGCUUGUGCAGCUACUUCCUGGUGUUUGCCUCUGCUACAGUAGUUACUGGCAUUCUUGGAUGGUUCCUACAUCGCACAUCAGCGCAAAAUGCUGCCGUCACAGUACCUAUCUAUCUUGGACACCUAGUUUUUCCGCAAAUUGAUGCCUACCACGGACAGACUGUGCUCGUUAACCUAGUAUUUUCAUAUCUGUGGCUGACAUCCUUCAUUUUCGCUGCAGAAGAUUGGACAGGCGGCCGAUGCGCGCAGAGUUUCCCUAUCAGCCAAAGCUGCAGUCAGAAGAUGGCAGUUGUCGCAUUCAACUUUCUCUUUCUUUCUCCUCGCCGAUUUGCUUCUGAAGAGUAUUGUUUGGUACUCAAGGAAUAA